CACACAAACAGUUUAAAUAUAUGUUUACACAUCCUGGGUCAUGUUUUAGCAGUCGAUAAUUGCUAUAUGUGUUGUGUUUAAACUGUAGAACUAGAACAGUGUGUGUGUGCUACACAUGUGUACUGAGCUCAGCUGGCGAGGUGAAACGCCAUAAAAGUCAUACAUUGACUCAAAGACAUGAGCGGAGACCUUGUGUCGUCCCGCACCUGUCAAAGAGGCAGCUGCGGACUCUCUUGCCUCCUCCCACCGGCCGCCCCCGACCGUCGGAUCCUUCCAACGUAAAGGAAGCAUCGGCUGCCUUCGCCUCGUCAAGAAACGUUGCUUCCCUCGGAGACACUGGCGGUCACCACACCCGUGGCAACACCCCUCCGACCUUCAGGUUAUACAGACAUCAGUGAAGACUUUUUUUUUUCCCUGAACGGCGGAACAUGAAGCAACCACAGCCCCCCCACCUUAAAGAGGUUGAGGAGGUGCCCUGGCGCCCCCACAUUAAAGAGGAAGAGGAGGAGCCACAACUCCCCCACAUCAAAGAGGAACAAGAGGAACACUGCAUCAGUCAGGAGGGAGAGCGUUUGGAAGGAUUGGACGAGUGCCCAGUAAUUUGUGUCAUUGUGAAGAAUGAAGAGGAUAUCAAAGGUGAAAGUGAGGAGAGAGAGGUGAAGCCUCCAAACAGUAGCUCAACUCAACACAUGACAAGAGAAGCUGAUGGAGACCACUGUGAAGGAACUCAAGCAAACAACCUCUUAGCUCCACUAUCAGAGAGUGAGGACACAACAUCACACUCUUCUGACACCGAUGAUGAGAACUCUAAAGCGGGUAUGACAUGUCAUAGUGACAACACACACUUUAAAUGUGCUCACUGUGACAAAACCUUUAAUUACCAUUCUGAUCUAAAAACCCACAUGAGAAAACACACAGGAGAGAAACCAUUCAAAUGCUCGGUUUGCGGGAGACGUUUCACUCGUAAAGGAUCUUUGACAACACACAUGAGAAUACACACCGGAGAAAAACCAUUCCUGUGCUCAGUUUGCGGGACGAGUUUCACACGCAAGGGAAAUUUGACAACCCACAUGAGAACACAUACAGGUGAGAAAUCGUUCGUAUGCUCAGUUUGUGGGAAAAGUUUCACUCUCAAAGGAACAUUGACAACACACAUGAAAAUACACACUGGUGAGAAACUUUUUAAAUGCUCAAGCAGGAACGAAAGUUUUAUUGAAAAACGAACCCUUGCCAGGCACAUGACAAAACACACUGAUAAACCUUUUUCGUGUUCAGUAUGCAACAAAAGCUUCAGUGGACGAGGAAUCCUUGUGACACACAUGAGAAUACACACCGGCGAUAGACCAUUCAUAUGCUCAGUUUGUGGCAAAGGCUUCACUCAUAAAGGAAACUUGACAACACACACAAAAAUACAUACUGGAGAGAAACUGUUUAGCUGCUCAGUAUGUGGUAUAAGUUGUGUUCAAAAAGUUCAUUUGAAAGAACACAUGAGAACACACACAGGUGAGAAACCUUUCGUAUGUUCAGUAUGUGGUAAAAGUUACACCCAGAGAGGAACUUUGACCACACACAUGAAAAUACACAACGCUGUGAAACCUUUUUCAUGUUCAAGCUGCCACGAACACUUUAGUGAAGAAAAAGACCUUGUAAGACACAUGAGAAUACACACUGGAGAAAAUCAAUUCAUAUGCUCCGUUUGCGGUAAAGGUUUCGGUCGGAAACCUCAGUUGAAAAGACACAUGAGAAUACACACGGGGGAAAAACCUUUUUCGUGUUCAAGCUGCAAUAAAAGGUUCAGUGAACGCACAAACCUUUUAACACACAUGAGACUACACACUGGUGAGAAACCAUUUAUAUGCUCAAUUUGUGGCAAAAGUUUCAUUCAGAAAAUAAGUUUGACAACACACACAAGACUUUUUCAUGUUCAAGCUGCAGCAAAAGCAUCAGUGAUCUAGAAUCCUUGUGAUACACGAGUGCACACUGGUGAGAAAUUGUUGAGUUGCACAUAGGGAUGGGCAAGAUGGCCCCAAAUAUAUAGCAUGAUAUAUUGCAGCCCUUUGCAAUGACGCUAGGUAGGAAGUUUUGUUUGAAAAACAAUACAAUAGCAUGUACAACAGACAAUCAGAUUCAUGAAAUAAUUGAAUGAUAUUAUUCUGCAUUUACAUAAGGAACUAGACUUGUGUGGGUGUGUACCAUUAUGGAACUGUUAUUGCUGGUUAGCUUGCCCACGGACGUUUUUGAGUGACGGACCAAAAAGUCAGAAAUGACAGCAAGCUGUCUGUGUAUUAAAAGGUAAUGUUCCAUUGUCCAGAGACCAGAAUUAAGUAAAACGCCAAACAAAGCUUCAGCAGCUUCUCCAUAUUUUCUGUCCUUUUGACGUUUGUGGCAGAGGCUGUCUCUGACUUUGUGUGAUGCAGACUGACCAGGUGGGCUGCUAACAUGUUUUAAUGAUUUGUUUCUCUGAUUCGGUUGACCUCUUUUUCUGUUUCUUCUUCUCAGAACUAACUCAGUUUUGGUGUUUGAAGGGCAGGAUCAUGGCGAUCCCUGGCUGUGGGCUGUGGACAAAUACUAUUUUAACUGGUGGCGGGGAGGCUUGGCACUCCAAUUAUACUUGCAACUAAAAGCAUAACAAAAAGCCGAUAGACUGCUUGUAUUGAAAAAUACUCAAAAGUCGGGGUACUUGUAAGUUGGGGUUUUGCCCUUAAAGCCCUCCUGUGACCAGCAACUUGUUUCCUGAAUUUGAAAUCAGUAACCAGAAAAAAAUAUUUUGCCAUACUGGAAAAAAAUACAGUUUUUAUCACUGUAGUAUUGACCAUAUGGUGACACUGUACUUGGUAAAGUUACUGCCGCUCUUUGUUUUUUCAAAAGCUCGAGCUUAGUAGUUAGCAUGGCUUUCAACGUUAGUGAAGCAAUCGAUGCCUUGUGAAAAACAAGGAGUGAUGCUGCGUCCCUCAACGCCUCGAUAUGUGUGUGGCACUUAAAGAAACGUGUGACUUUUUACCGUCAAGCAUCAACAAGAAGAGCUUGUUUUAUCACACAAGUGGAACUAAGGAAAAGGACAAUUUCCGAAGUCUGCAGUCAUUUUGAUCUGACGGCGGCAAAUAAGGGAAAUGGUGUUUUACUGUUUACAAUUCGGCUCAUUAUUGACAUAGUUAAAUGCUUCAUAUUCUCUUCUGUAAAAAAAUCAAUAUUUAUGUUUUCCAAGUAUUAAAAGUGCUUUUUGCAAACUUGAUGCCAUCCCUUGUGACCUUGUGCCUUUCUGACCCGUUCACAGCAGUUGAGUUUGGUCCAGUUUUUGAUGUUUGUAGUCUGUUUCUCUGGGCCUCCAUCAUCCUCUCCUCAUGCAUCUUGCCUUCUGUCAGCUGUUUUUGAAUACUUUCUAUAUUGAUUAUACGCUAAAAAAUAUUUUAGUUAGCGCGUUUAGUAGUAGUAUAUUACAAAUUACCCUUUCUAAAAUUUGGGUUUUGUUUCGAAAUCUAGACCACGACACUUUAAACAUUCUUCAAUUAUAUAACCAAAGCUCAAAUGCUUCUCAUUUUGUUGAUAAAGUUUUAGUUUGAGUCCAUGUCUCUCAGUACAGUAAGUUAGACCAGGUGUUAUUAGUUUUGGUAUGAUUUUCAGGUUCAAUCACUGAUGACAUCUAUUAAUUAGACAAGAAGCAAGGAAUCAUGAAGAGACAGAGUUCAAUUUAGCUCAUGAGGAGACAGGUAUUUCGGGCUGUAUUCUAGUGGGGGCGGUCUGGCGUAGUGGGUAGAGCGACCGUGCCAGAAUCUUAGGGUUGCAGGUUCGCUUCCCACCUAUUGACAUCCAAAUCGCUGCCGUUGUGUCCUUGGGCAGGACGCUUCACCCUUGCCCCCCGUGCCGCUCACACUGGUGAAUGAAUGAUUGGUGGUGGUGCGAGGGGCCGUAGGCGCAAACUGGCAGCCACGCUUCCGUCAGUCUACCCCAGGGCAGCUGUGGCUACAGAUGUAGCUUACCACCACCAGGUGUGAAUGAAUGAUGGGUUCCCACUUCUCUGUGAGCGCUUUGAGUAUCCAACAAUAGAAAAGCGCGAUAUAAAUUUAAUCCAUUAUUAUUAUUACAGAUCCAAACUACGUUCUAAAAGGCAAGCCUGCGCGCUUCCUCUAUUUAUUUGGAAAGCCCUGUUACAUCACUAAAGCUAUCGCUGAGGGAAGCGGGUAAUCUCGAAAACUCCAGUUAGAAUAUAUGAUUAUAGAAUAAAUAACAAAUAGGUGACACAGGUCAUAUCGCCUUGUCUCUGCUCUGUCUGUCUCACGGCGGUGUUCGGCCUUGGCCAUCAGCAGGCCGAAUCUGGACACAACACAUAUAAAAACAACUGGCAAUCUUUUGGAUUGCCAGCUUGUAUAGAUACAAAAAUACCACUUCAGCAUAAAUGACAAUAAUUUAUAUCAACGGCCCUUAAGCAUAAAGUUAUGAUGAUAAUAUAUACAUAAUUAUUUUAACAAUGAUUUCCAGGCAACAUAAAUAAUUUUAAUUUGAUUGUCAGUUCUUACAUUCUCAAAGUGCAUCUGACCAAGAUACAUAUAUCUUAUUUGAUACUUGUUUUACAUGUCUGCCAUCUAUUGUGAGGAUUAUUCCAGGAACUACUUUUUUGUUGUUGCAUACUAUCAUUGCUUUGUUUUUGUCACAUUCAUUUCCAUUCCAUAUAGUUUGUCUUUGUCAUUUAUUAGAGUGAAUAAUUGUUGUAGGUGAGUUGUGUUCAGUGCUAAAACAAGAGUAAAUCAUCAGCAUGACGUAGAUUGUUUAUGUUAAGAUAUCUUCUGUACUUCUCUGAAAGUGUUUACUAUAAACAGACUUGGUGACAAACAAUACA